ACUCUCUGUAAGUCUCUAUGUAAUUUCAAAAAUCUAUUCACUGAAAGACUUCCUUCUUCUAUAUAAUUUCUUUGGCCUCUUAACAAGCAUCACCCUAUACCAAAUAAUCUGUCACGUUCUUUCUCGUUUAGGUUUACGGUUAAGGCCAUCGCUCAUCUUGUAUAAGCAAACCCUGACGAAAACCACUGCCAAUGCCAUCGCCGCAGCAAGUUUUAAUCUUCCUAGUCUCCAAACUCACCCUCUCCUUCGACAGCCCCAUUUUGGGCGUUGCCCUAGGGUAUGCCGCCGUGCGCACCUUGCUCAAAUUGAGCUCCUACUCCUCGGUCCUACCCAAGGUCCGUAUCGCUCCCUCCGUAAAAAUUUCUGAUCUCCGGUCAAGCCUCGCGUUUGAUCAAUCCGACCAGUCCACUGCAAAGCUCGCUGUCUUCCGUGGCACCGUUGAAGCCAAGUCUGCCUUGGACGACAGCAAAUGGAAUAUCUUUAAAAAGUCUGAUGUACUCGUCUCUCGAGGAACAAUAGAUAGAGCCGUCAUUGUUUGGAGAACUCAAACGUGUGUAUUUAACGAAUGGAUGGGCCUUUUCGGAUGGUGGGAUUUUCGAGCGUAUUGGAGAGCACUUUGGAGAGCUUUGACAGAUCCAGGAUCAAGCUCCUUACAAAUGGUGCUCAAAUUAUUUAUUUUCAUUAUUUUCUGUGAAUUUUGCUGCUUAUAUAAUUCAUUUGACCACAUACAAAAAAAGAAAAAGAAAAAGAAAAAGAACAUGAAGGGUAAUUUUGAAUCAUAUUUGUGUAGGUUCCUUUCAUUCUUGUUGAAGGCGGUGGUCGCGGAAAAAAACCGAUUUCCGAUUUUGUUGUUGUAAAUGUGCAUAGAUCAAGGCAGCUGUUACCCUCUCACUACAGUUUAUCAACGCUUGCACCCUGUUAUCGCUCCUCCUUCUCCCAUUUCAUUCUUCGAGGCACUUUAUGGCCGUGAC